AUGGGUGUUGACCCUCUGUCCCCAAUUGCGCCCGUGCGCCUCAGGGCGCUCCUUCUUCCCAUCGGCAAGAUCAAGCGCUCGCGCUUUUUGAGCUUCGCUGCUCGACUACAAGCUGAAAAUGUAGUUCGACUAGGAGAUAUAAGUCCCGAUGCGCGACCGAACAGAAACAUGUUCUCACCGCUGGCGUUUCCCACCGGAAUGAUCCUUUAUGACCUCUCCUUCUCAGUUCCCCCGACUUCGCAUCUCGAACUUUUCCCCUUUGAGCUAUACAGAGAGCCCUUGGUGAUCAUUGCGAUCGCAGAUGGGGCCGAAUUGCCUGAAAGCACUGGCGACGAGCAGAAUCAUCCCACUCCGGAAGGAUUAGAUCAGUUAUUGGAAGAACUCGAGGGGAUGAAGGAGAGGAAUCCACGAGCUUUGGUAAACCAACUUCUGGUCUUUGAUCACCAUGGCUUGGAUAAGAUCACAAAUGGACCAGAUAAUGUCCUCUGGGUUCCUCCGCCGCAUGCUUCCAAGGCGACGACAAUGAAGACAGUUCUCUGUGAUAUCACGUCAGUCUUGCUCUCCGAAAUGGAUGAGUUUGCAAAGACUAUCCAAAGCAUACCGUCAAUCGAGUCACCAAAAGCAUCUUCGUGGGGCCCGCACCGCAACCCAGAACUACGGCCACGGCCAGUAGACCGACUUAUGAAUCGUAUGACUCUGCCUGCACAGUUACCAUCGAGCCCAAACGGCACACGGGACGGUACUCCACUGAGUUCCAACGCUAGCUCCCCAGCUCCUAGCGAUCAUGAGACCCCUACAACGUUUGAUGAGAUCACUCGGGCAAUUCACCUAUCCAGUCGUACGAAUUCGGGCAGAUCACCUUCAGUAUCAUCGCCAAAGGAGCAUAGUCGCGACAGGAUGUCUGUCAGUGGUAUGAGUGCUACUGACAGAACUAAGAACCGGAUCAAGGGACGUGCCGGGGUGAUAAUUGGAACUCUUUUCCUGCAGGCGGGAAGGUGGCCCGAUGCCCUCAAAGAGCUCACAGAAGCCGUGAACAAUGCUCGAGCAAGCAGCGACUACAUAUGGCACGCUAAAGCCCUCGAAACAACUCUUCUUUGCCUGCUGAUGUUUGGGUGGGCAGGCAUGGACUUCCAGAUUCCAUCAGUCCUCUACCCUGUUGCGGACAAAUCCUCCAAACCUUCCCGCGACUCAACAACCCCUAGUAGCGCUGGGAAUAGGAUUAUCUCUCUACACAACCUAGCCAAUCUCUUGCCGGAUCUCUCAAACAAUAUCUUGAAUCUUUAUACCCGCGCUGCAAAUAUCACAGAUGAACCCCUUCCGCAGUUGGUGUUUUCGGAGACGGUGAUUCGCUUAGCUCGGCUAAUGGUGUCAGCUCGCGUUCGCGAUGGAGCUUUGGAUGACAAUGCUCUAAAGCAUAUCGUGAUGAAUGAACAUUUGGUUCCAUUGCUCCAGCUAGAGCUUCCCCGGGGAACUGUUUUGCUCCGCAAGUCCGAGAUUGCCAACUUUUUAUACCGGGCUUUGCCCGUUGCCCCUGGUGUGGGCCUACCUGCGACUGACGCUGUUCCCAUCAUCGUUGGCGUUGUUGCUGUUCUUAAUAUUCUUGAACUGCCUAGGAAGAAAGCAUUUAUCCUGCGUGAACUUCUUUCGGUAAUGGUACCAAGUCUAGUACAAGCACGCAAAAUUGGUGCUGCGGAGGUGGGCAUUCACCCCGCUGCCGGGUUGGCGUCUCUCAGCGAUACCGCAUUUGAUGUCAAUGCCCUGGAUACAGGCUCCGGCAAUAUGGAAUCAAGUGUGCGUCUCCUUCUUGCGACCAUUGGAGAUAUCUACGGAGUUCAACCUUCAUCGUUCGCCGAAUGGGAGAAGAGACAAAGCCAAUCAUCUGAUGUGAGCGGGCAUCAGGAACACACUGAAUAUGAUUCGGUUGCUAGUAUUGCCGAGCGCGCAUUUCGACAUGUAGUUCUUGAUCGCUAUGGUGAUCUGAACUUGAAAAUUGAUGUUUUGAAAGCAUGUAUCAACUGCUGCGAAGCCCUUCCGGACUUCAAUGGAGUUCUUCGUUUCACAGUUGAGCUUUUGCAGACUAUCCGGGGAGAUAUGAUGCUGGCUGAAGCACACAAGUCCCCGCCGUAUCUACCGCAAGAUGAACAAGUCCGUCUUUUGAACAACAUUAAGCGUACCGUGGGUGCAGGCACCAGACUAGGUGUUUCUGAUAUGGUCGCAGAGUACUGGGAUGACUUCCUAGUACGUGAUGUUCAAUUAUUGUCGCUACCAGAUCCUAAAAGACCUGUUCGGCGGUCCAAAUCUGAACUGGAUGCGGUAACCACAAGUUCAGACAAGGUGAAAAAGGACCCAUUCCUGUACAACCCCUUCGCCAAGCCCACUAGCAAAGCAUUGGAAAUCCUCACCGUGGCUGAUGAACCUGCAUCAUUCCAAGUGACUCUUCAAAACCCAUACGAAUUUGAGAUUGAGAUUGAACAUUUGCGCCUUGAGAGCAGUGGUGAAAUCACUGUUCCUGGCGUCGCCCAUGAGGAAGGCAGUCUUCAGAUCACAGGAUGUAUUGUGAAAGUGCGAAACUGUCGAACGCGAAGAUUCCCCAUCUUCAAGACGUUCUGGAAACCUGAACCCGAGGUCAAAAUAAAGCGAACAGGUUUGGGGGCAAAGAAGCCUCUGUCAGAGCGCCCGGUCUCCUGGGCCUCGACGACCUCAAAGGAUGGCAAGGUUGAUGUCAAGAAAGGUCCUGAAACGUCAACGUGUGAAGUCAAGGUCAUUGCCAAACAACCGUCACUUGUCAUCGAAUCUAUGUCUCUAUCGCAGUCCGCGAUGAUGGUACUUGAAGGUGAAGUCAAAACCUUCACUGUUACACUUCAAAAUGCCUCUUCUUGCCCCGUGGACUUUGUGCUAUUCACCUUCCAAGAUUCAACCACUAGACAGCUACAGUCUGCACUAAGUAACAAGGACCUGUUGCCGGUCGAAAUCUACGAGUUGGAGCUCAAAUUAGCAACCAAGCCCGCUUUGCGAUGGCGCCGGCAGGGCCAGGACCCCGGUGACUGUUCGAUUGCAGCAGGCCAGAAGGCAACAUUUACCGUGGACGUUCUCGGAAAGCCUGGUCUGCAGGACACGACAGUCCAGAUCGACUACUCCUAUGUUGGGACAGCCCCUGGCAAAUUGCCCGAUAUAUUCUACACCCGGCAACUGUUUGUGCCGUUGACAGUCACGGUCAAUGCGAGUGUGGAGGUCGCCCGCUGUGAUAUUCUUCCGUUUACCGGUGACUUUGCCUGGAAGAACCAGAUUGAACCACCUGUUGACUCUAUACAAACCCCGAAUGCGUUACUCUCUACCACUGACAAUGACCCCUUCUCCCAAAUUCUCGGGCGUCUCGGCAACGGGCCUUAUGGACCUGAUCACUGUGUUGUAUUGCUAGACCUGCGCAACGCCUGGCCAAGCCCCCUGUCAGUGUGGUUGCGCGUAAGUGAACAAACAAUGAUAACUAUCCCACCGAAGAAGAUGACCAAGGAUGAUUUCAAGGGCAAGUAUUCUGUCGAUGGAGAGCUUCAACCCGGCCAGGUUUCUCGAUUUGUUCUGGUUUUGCCUCGGGUCUACUUAGACAACCCACAUGCCUCUAUUCCCGUCGUCAACACCGGUACUCGGCGACAAUUCGUCGUCAGCGCCAACAAACUAUCCUUCGAAGCCGAGGCGGCCUCGCGCGAAGCCUUCUGGUUCCGGGAAGAGCUUCUCAACAGAGUUCUCGGGGGCUGGAAGGAAUCUGCCACAGGCCGUGAGGGAUCCAUUGACCUCCGAAACAUCCGACUGAACAACCGUAUGGUUGAAGCUAUGCGCCUUGAAGAUGUCGAAAUGAAAUUCUCUUUGACUUCAUCAUUUUCCCCCGAGACUUCCGACGCAGUGGAACAAACGGGCCGCUCACGUUUCCGCGUCAAGACCGACGACCUCCUCACCUUACAUGUCACUGUCCACAACCGCUCCUCCCGCCCCAUCCACCCUCUCCUCCGUCUUCAACCCAGCCUCCGCCACCAACCCAACAAUGUCGCUCUAGAUCUCACCCGUCGUCUCGUGUGGACCGGGAUGCUGCAACAGGCACUCCCCAUUUUGCCAAGCGGCGAAAGCACGAAAGCCUCAAUCGGUGUUACGGUUCUCUGCCGCGGCGAAUACGAGUUUGGCGCCAGCGUUGAGGAAGCCCGACUCCUCCGUCCGUCUCUCGACGAUGAUGGUGAAGGUGACGAUUCCGCUCCCCGCUUCAACGAUGAUGGUAUCAUGGAUACUUUUGGUGCGGAUGUAGUGCGGCGGCGACACAUUUGGCACGCGAAGGAAUUGUGUAUUAUUCAUGCAAGCGAUGCAUGA